AUGAACCUCGCCCAGGCCACCCGCAUGGUCCUCGAGGAGCUCAACUGGAUGCCCACUUCGGAGCGCCCCCUCAAGCAAGCCCUGCCCUGGAAGCAAUCCCUCGGUCUCGGCAGGCGAGAGGAGGACGUGCGCCCCAUCUUCUGGAAGGGACGCAACAAGUCGUACAUUCUCCGCACGCAGGACUGGGACGAGUUCCCCAACGGUCGAUGGGGUGACUCGCGCUCGCCCGCUUUUGGUGAGCUGGACGCUUACGGUAUCGGUCUGACCGGCACGAACGAGCAGAACAUCAAGAAGUGGGGAGAGCCACAGACCGUCCAGGACAUUGCGACCCUCGAGUCGCCUCUGACAAACGAGGCAGACCCCAUUCGCGAGGAUCUCAUCGCCCUCAACAAGAGGGGUAUCAUCACCAUCAACUCUCAGCCUGCUGUGAACGGCGUCAAGUCUUCCCACGCCGUGCACGGCUGGGGUCCCAAGAACGGUUAUGUCUACCAAAAGUCGUACCUUGAGAUGCUGGUUCAUCCCGACCUCUACCCCGAGAUCAUUUCUCGUAUUGAAAAGCACCCUGACAUGACCUAUUACGCUGUCACUAAGAGCGGAAACCUCAAGUACAACGCGCCCUCGGACGGUCCUAAUGCUGUGACCUGGGGUGUCUUCCCCGGAAAGGAGAUUGUGCAGCCAACCAUUGUCGAAGGCAUCAGCUUUGUGGCUUGGAAGGACGAGGCCUUCCGCCUCGGUCUCGACUGGGCGCACUGCUUUGAACAGUCGUCCCCUAGCCUGAAUAACGAUUUCCACCAGCAGCGCGAGAUUUUCGAUCUCUUCGAGGGUCUCUCUGUCAAGGAGUACGACGACAUCAAGCCGGUGGUCCAGGACGUCGCUCCCGACGUCGUUUCGGCCCCCACCAACGGCACUACCAACGGCAUCGCAGUUCCUGCGGCCUAA